CUCGUAGCCGCUACAAAACAGUUAGUGCCAUUGCAUCUACAGCUCAUUCGUUCUCAAUGGACGUCGACGGCGUCGCUACACCUGCCUUAUCCACCACCAGCAUUGCAACGGCUGCAGCCAGUACAAGUUUCAGUUUAGGUCGGCUACCUGCUAAGAGUCAGCCAGCCUCUGAACUACUUGGCUCCGAAAAAUCAGUUCUCAGACAAUCUGACGCCUGGCACUCCUCAGAGAUUAUUCCCAAACCAAAUCCACCCCUAAGAUCUUCCUCCCCUCAAUCUCUGGAUGACUGUGACACCAGAAUACACGAGGUGAAUGCAAGCGAAGAAAAUUCUAAGGAAAAAGCAGAAGUAAAGAGGAAAGAACAGGACACGAAAAAGACAUUUGAGCCUGGAAAGACUAUGAAUUUUUCCCUGACCGACUCAGUCGGAUCAAUUACGAUCAAUGAUAACCUGCAUCCGAAAGUUAAACGAUUGCAUAUUGUAAGUCCCAGUGGAGAUGGAUCUACAGCCGUUGUUGAGCCAAACGACUCUCCCGGCGCUAGCGGUGCUGGAAGGAUAAAUAAAGGAGGAUUAUCUGGCUGUCAGACUGUCCUACCUACCGGCCAGCCGGGCUCUAUGGCAAUGCUUGCCUUCAGCUUCGAAGCAUCAGGUGCCCAGUUCUCCCAAAGUAAUAGGCUACCCAGGAAAGGUUUGCAUAAUACUGCGUCUGCCAAUUCAAUAAAGGGGAGGCCGCGAAAGGAAGCAGGACGUCUCUGCAUCAGAGAUCGCAAGAAAGAAGGGAGGCCAUCCCAAAUGGUGUAG